GACUUUCAAAGCGCAAGCUCUGGAGUUGCUGCCAAGGCUAUGCGUUCAGAACUAGGCAGACUCGCUAACGCGAUCCCAGACGUGAAGGCUCUUAAAGAACCGAGCCCCGAACAAAUUAUUCCAUAUAAAGAUCUUCCCGCUUGUGAUAAUCCUGAACUUCUAAACAAAUUGGCUGUUCUCAAACUUAAUGGUGGUCUGGGAACAACCAUGGGUUGUGUAGGUCCAAAAAGCGCCAUUGAGGUUAGAGAUGGUAUGACGUUUCUAGAUUUAAGUGUCAGGCAAAUUGAGUACCUUAAUAAAAAAUUCGACGUUAACGUUCCAUUUAUACUUAUGAACUCAUUUAAUACUGAUGAUGAUACCAUGCGCAUCGUCCAAAAAUAUGGAAGUCAUAAGAUUGAUAUUCUUACAUUUAAUCAGUCGCGUUACCCUAGGAUUAACAAGGAGUCUCUAUUGCCAAUGCCUCGAACACCAACUAGUGAUAUCAAUCGGUUAAUUGCUGAAGGAAAAGAAUAUAUUUUUAUUUCCAAUGUUGACAAUCUCGGUGCUGUAGUUGACCUAAAUAUUCUUAAGUACAUGGUGGAUAAUGACUCUGAAUUCAUAAUGGAAGUUACUGACAAAACAAAAGCUGAUAUUAAAGGUGGUACGCUUAUUGACUACGAGGGUACCGUUCGAUUACUGGAAGUAGCACAAGUUCCUGCGGAACAUAUUGAAGACUUUAAGUCAAUCAAAAAAUUUAGAAUCUUUAAUACUAAUAAUUUGUGGAUCAGUUUGAAAGCUAUAAAACGCGUUACUGAAGAAAAGGAGCUUAACUUGGAAGUCAUUGUUAACAACAAAACACUUGAAUCUGGUGUAAAAGUAAUUCAACUCGAAACUGCUGUUGGUUCUGCUAUCAAGCAUUUUAAAAACGCUCAUGGUGUAAACGUACCACGAAGUCGUUUCUUACCUGUUAAAUCUACCUCCGAUCUAUUUCUUGUAACUUCUGAUUUAUACUCGCUCAACCAUGGUGAAUUAACAAUGAACCCUAAACGACUCUUUCAAACGGUACCGCUGGUGAAGUUAGGUGAUGAGUUUAAGAAGUCACCGCCUCAUAUCCUCGAAUUAGAUCAUCUCACAGUUACUGGUGAUGUAACAUUUGGUGCUGGUGUACAACUUAAAGGAACUGUCAUUAUUGUCGCGAAUCAUGGCGCUAGAAUCGAUAUUCCACCAAACUCUGUGCUCGAGAAUAAG